AUGAGUUUGAGAUCCGUUGUACUCAGGGACGAGAAACAUACAGGGGUCCUUUUGUCGACCAAGGACGUCGACGCUGGCGCUCAGCUCGUGGCUGGUUCAACUUCAGCUCUUGAUCCAGAUGAGGCUUUGAAAAUAAGGAGGAAGAUCGAUAGACAUAUCAUGCCUCUCAUGUGUGGUGAUAUCCAAGCUAUGGACAAGACAACCUUGGGUUCUGCGGCCAUACUUGGAAUUCAGCAGGCGACGCACCUGACCACGAAUGAGCUUGGCACAGUGUUCUAUCUCGGUUUUUUUGUCUUCGAGUAUCCCCAGAACCUUGCCCUUCAGAGAUUCCCGGUCGGGAAAUGGAUGAGUAUCAAUAUCUUCGUCUGGGCAAUUGCACUUGCAUGUCAUGCAGCAUGCAAAAGCUUUACUGGGCUUGUUGUUGUGCGCUUCUUGCUGGGCGCAUGCGAGGGGUCGGUCACUGCUGGAUUCUUGAUUGUUAGCUCCAUGUUCUACACACGGACGGAACAGACACUGCGGGUUGGUUAUUGGUUUCUGAUGAUUGGCACUGGACAAAUCAUCUCUGGUUUCAUCAGCUUCGGUACUUUGCACAUGAAUACCAAAGGGUUCGAACCAUGGCAAUGGUCUGACAUUUAUUUAUGUUACUCCAUAUUCUCAAUAGAUCGCAGGCUCAUGAUCAUAACCGGUGUAAUGACGUUGAUCAUUGCCGUCUCAUUCUGGUUAUUUUUCCCCGAUUCACCUACGAACGCUUGGUUCCUCACUCCCAAUGAGCGGGUCAAAGCUGUACAGCGCAUCAAGGCGCUACAGGAAAACCAAACAGGUGUAGAAAACAAACACUUUAAGACGGAACAGAUGGUCGAAGCCUUGACUGAUCCCAAGACAUGGCUCUUCGCCCUCUUCUCGGCUCUAAUCAAUGUGGUUAACUCACUGACAAUCCAGCAAUCUCUCAUCAUCGCUUCGUUCGGAUUCACUGAUGUACAGACGACUCUCUUGUCUUGUGUUAUUGGCGUGGUUUUUAUCUUGGCAAUCUUCACUGCUAUUAGGCUUGCUACACGAUGGCCUAAUUCCAGAGCAUAUAUUGGCGCUAUUUCAUUCAUCCCGGCGUGGUCGGGCAUCCUGCUGGUAAACCUACUUCCUUGGUCAGAUCGGGCUGGACUCCUUGUCGGCCAGUACAUGAUCGCUAUCUCCGUAGCUUCAUUUGCACUGGCGUUGUCGUGGCUUAAUAACGUGACUGCUGGCCACACGAAAAGGAUUGUUACUAACGCCAUCAUGCUUUCAUCUUCCUGCAUAGGAAACCUAGCUGGCCCCUUCUUGUGGAAGGCACAAUACAAACCCCGUUACCACAUCCCAUGGGCUGUCAUCGGCGCAUGUACCAUCACCUGUUCGAUACUUCUCCUUGUCAUCCGUGUCGUUCUCGCCCGAGAGAACCGAAUCCGCGACACAGAGCAUCUUGAUGUUAUUGAAGAAGAAUACAUUAUUGAGCGAAUCACAGAGGAUGGGAGGCGUGUAGAAGUUAAGGUCGAGAAGGGAUUCCUGGAUUUGACAGAUAGGGUGAACAGGGACUUCAGAUAUGUUUUGUAA